AUGAAAGCUUCCAGUCUAGCCGCGCCGCCAAAGCGGAAAACAUCGACUGAUUCCGAAGCUGACGAAAUUACAAGCCCUGGGCAGUCAGCGAAGCCACGCAAGCGCGUGCCUGCCGAAGUUUGGGAAACGAAGCGACCGAUAAUCACCCGGCUGUACCAAGAAGAGAAGAAGUCGUUGAAGGAAGUAAUGGAGAUCAUGCAGCGCGACUACCAUUUCGCUGCGACUGUCAAAAUGUACAAGUCGAGGAUAUGGAAAUGGGGCCUCGACAAGAAACUCAAGGGUGACGAGGUUCUGGCCAUUAUGCUUCUCAAGCGGGAUCGGGACCUGCUGAAAAGACCGACUGAGUUCAGAAUUCGCGGACAGCCAGUAGAUUUGGAGAACAUCAACCGGUAUCUGAAGCGAAACCCAUCGUUGAUGGCCAAAUUCAGAGCGGGACAAACGCCCAGCGUGCAAACCGCUCUCGAGGUGACCUGCCGAACUCCCUCGCCGCCUCCGAGCCCAACGAUAGCCUUGGCACCAACGAUGGAGAUGCAAAGUACCGAGCAGGUUCUUUGCUUGUUCCGAGAUUAUAUCGAUGGCUCCUUUUCGUCUGGAGCUUGGUGGUGCGAUUUCGACGUCGAAUGCUCCAAUACUCGUUUCAACCCCGGAGACCGCAGUGACGACUUGUUCGAGAGAGUCAUAGCCAGCUUUGCUCUGGUAAACCGAUGUAUGAUACGAGGGGACCAAAUCAAUAUCAACAGUGUCCUUGGCCCAGCAUUCGACUCCCUGAAAGAAAUUGUGGCUGCCGAGAGUCCAGAUUUUGUUGCUAGAACGGUCUGCCUGCUCUGGUAUCUGGAGCGGCACCACAAACAUGAUCUGCUCCGACUGGUUCUCGAUUAUUUGGCCGGGCUUAUUCCGAUUGUGCUUGGGUCUCAUCACAUUCUUGCCCACAUCUGGCGUAGACUGGGCGCGACCGAAUUUUCCGACUACUAUGAGCUCUCCAUGCGAUUAUAUGCGCUGCUGCUUCCGGACAUUGAACAACGGGUAGGCUCGGCCAACUACUUGACUCACCUGCUAUACAGCGAUUAUCUCGACUGCAUCUUUGCUCGACAAGAUCCGGAGGAUUGCGAGGCAAUGCUCAGCCGCCACCGCGCUCGAGCUGAGGCGUCAGGGCAAGACCACUCGUGGCUUGGCGAUAUGGCCCUGUCGCAUGCUGGUCUACUCGCAGCUUGCAAAGAAAAGCAGGGCCGACUGGACGAGGCCGUCGAGGUGCUGACGGCUCAUAUGAAUGCGUACAGCAUGACAGAAGAGCAGGAAGCCGCCGUGAAUCUCGAGCUCGGGGUGAAGUACUAUCGAAUGGGUAACAUCUUGGCAGCGAUUGCGUCUUUCAAGUCGGCAGCUCGCAUUGCCCUAACGUCGGAUGCAGACGAACGGAUCUCCAUGACAGCAUUGGCCAACUUGGAGAAGCUGCUCCGAGAGACAGACAAAACAGCCAAGGCAGACCGAGUACACCGAUACCGCAUGGAUCGCCUAGCAGCAUUUGCAGAGAAGUCGGCAUCGAUAUCAAAAGGCCUCCCUGACGAGUACGACGACGACAGUGAUUGGACGAACGAUCUCGAGGACCUCCCAGAAUGGCUAUGGAAAUGCGAUGAUGGCGAAGGAGAAAUGCGAGGCUGGCUCGAGCUGCCUUCAUUCGGUUGGAUCGACAAGACAUCUCCUGCGUCGUUUGUCAGUAUUCCAACGGGCACACUGGAAUGGAACAACACGUCCCAGUCCGGAUCUCCUGCCGUCCUCUUCACAGAGUAUUCACCACGUCCAGGGGACCAUUUGAUCGACCCUGAGGUCGAAUAUCUGUAUAGACAUGACGACGGCAUCCGGUAG